GGACGCUAGCGCACCUUUCUUAUAAAGUUCAUUGUUUUGGAGUACAAUAAGUCAACGUUUGGUAAUUUGUUUUUACAGUUUUGAACGGGUUCACAUCUUCGUUUUCACUUGGCUAGUUUUAAUUUUGAACUUGUCUUUAUUAAUUUUUUAUCCAACCAGCUUUCGCACUCGAUCUCCUGUCCUUCGCACUGGCAUUCUCUCUCUGUAUCUUGAUCCAUUUUGAGAGAGACACUUUUGAGAUAACAGGUUUUACGCAAAGCAAAACAGUUGCAGUGAAAUUAAACUUUCGACGCACCGGCAUAUUUCUUACCAUUCAGUGAAUACUUCGCACAACAAACUUGAAAGGGUUAUUUUUAAAUCUAUUUUGGUCUGUCAAGGCUUGCCUAGUCGCCAUGGAGAGGCGGAACAGUCACCAAGCAACGUCUGAUUACCCACACCCAUUUGUGCACAAGUUGAAACUGACCAGGGCGCAGAGAAUAAGGGGCAUGGUGUUGGGCUCCAUCCUGUUCCCCAUACGAUUCUUUCUGGCUGCCCUCUGCUUCCUGAUCAUGUGGCCAAUUGCCCGGCUCCGAUUGGCUGGCCUCUCAGAGGAAGAACGGUCCCGGCCAGUAACGACUGGGUGGAGGAGAUGGUUACUACACCCCAUCAUCCGUUUCCUUAGCCGGGCAGUGUUUUUCUUCCUGGGGUUCAUCUGGGUCCGGGUCAAAGGUCGUAGGGCGGGGCAUAAGGAGGCUCCUGUGCUGGCGGUGGCGCCGCACAGUAGCUUCCUGGAUAUGUUGGUGCUGCCGGAAACUCAGCUGGCUACGGUGGUGUCUAGAUCGGAAAACCAAAGCAUUCCUGUUAUAGGGGCCCUCCUGGAGUUUAACCAGUCAGUGUUGGUAAACAGGAAGAAUCCAGAGUCCAGGAAACAGGCUGUCGUUCAGAUCAAAGAGAGGCUCACCUCCAAUGGCUACUGGCCGCAGAUGCUGAUGUUCCCAGAAGGCACCACUACAAACGGCACCGUUCUCAUAAAGUUCAAACCUGGUGCCUUCCUGGCUGGAGUCCCAGUCCAACCAGUUCUGCUGCACUACCCCAACAAACUGGAUACUGUACGCUGGACCCACACGGGAACUACCUGGGUUGAGGCAUUGUGGCACACCUGCUCUCAGUUCUACACUAACGUUACUAUUGAGUACCUGCCAGUAUACACCCCCUCCCAGAAGGAGAAGGAUGACCCUAAUCUGUAUGCAGACAAUGUCCAGAAACUCAUGGCCAAGGCCCUGGGCAUCCCAGCUACAGACCAUGUGAUGGAGGGGCGUGUUCUUACCAGAAAACUGGGGGGGCUCUCCCUCCCCCUAGAACCGCCUGCCAGAGAAACUCUCUCACUGCUGCACAAAGACGGUCUCCGUGAGUCUGAGGUGGAGGCAGCACUGAGUAACAUGAUUGACAGGUGUCAGUCAGAACAGGGUUGGAGGGCUGGUGUGGAUGAGCUGGCCCCUCUCCUGGGACUGACAGACAGACAGACUGCUGCUAAGAUCUGUGGACUCUACUCCAAGGAUGACAUGGUGGACCUCAGACAGAUCUAUCUAAGUGUGACAUCAGUCUCUGGCCUUCUGGGCUUUAAGUCCCUCCUUCAAACUGCAUUCACUCUGUAUGACCGAGAGUGUAGUGGCAGUCUGACUGCAGUGGACGUGUCUGACCUGAUGGGGGCGCUAGUGGGGAGUCCUCAGUACCACACAGAGGAACUGUACACCGAACUGUCCAGGAGAGGAGCGCCCACCGAACAAGACCUGUUCAGAGUGCUGACCACCCACCCCACCUAUCAGAAACUGAUCAGCGAGUACUUCACACCUGAGGGGGCGGAGUCCACACCACCACCCUCUCUGACCAAAGGGAAAUUGGGGAACAACAAUGAAGGAUCACCUAGCGACAACGGAACGGCUUUGUCUUACAAAACGGCUGAUAACGGCUCUCCUCUGCCCAGUAAGAAAGACGACUGACUGAAGGACCUCUGAAGCAUAGUGAUAUAAUUCCUAGAACGGACUGGGCAGUUAUUACAGAUUCAUCUAUAUGGAUGGGCUUACUCUUAAAAUGGCUGCCUGUUCAACAGUGACUUGAAUGGGGAUACCCCUUCUAGAAAUUCUAUUUCUAUGGGGCUUACAGCGUUUUGAGAAAUUGAGGAAAAAACUAAGGCAGCUCAACAGUAUCUCUUUAAGAAAUCAAAGGGAAUUACUCAUAGUAAGCUAGUGUGUUUGUGUGUCAGAUGGGUUAUAUAGUUGAAGUCGGAAGUUUACAUACACCUAAGCCAAAUACAUUUA